AUUUCAACCAACAUGCCGGAUAAGUCCAGCCGUUAUAACACCUUAACUUUUAAGCUUGACCUUCACAUGGUCAGGGUCAACGUUCAUUGCUAUCCCAGAAAUUCGAAAUUUGUUAACAUCGGAUGCCUAAAGGUGUGUUUUCUACGAGGAAGUAUAUCAGUCCCUUGAGUCACUUGGGAAGGCAAUUUACAAGAGUUCGAAAAACAACAUUUCUCCUCUUUAUUUUCAUUAAAAUCAAUUGAAUAACAAUUAUUUGAAUGAAGUACCUUCAAACUCAUCACAAAACCUAAGAAUUCUGUUGUCUCAAUGCACAUCUGAAUUAUAAUUUCAUAGAAAGAAGAAUUAAUUUCGAUUGAUCAAUGAGGCGCUAUCCUAUAAAAUUCCGACCUGUAAUCACUGUUGUCCUCCUCUUUUGUAUACUUGGAGUACUUUGGCUGAUAAGUAGACCAAAUAAAUCUGUCGUAGAGUAUCGGAAUGAUAUUAUCGGCCUUUCUCAACAAUAUAUCAAAGCUUUAGCCAGUGCGCAAAAUAUUGGUCCUGAUGAUGCGUAUAGUGCAGAACUGACUGGAUAUGAUCUUAAGAAGACUCUGGCUGUUAUUCUCGAUGAUUUAUUACGUCGUAUUGACCUAAUAGAAUCAAAACUUUCCAAUCAAACAGACACAUCUAUUAAGAUUAUAAAAGAAAGUCCCGAGAAUCUCAACCCUCAAUCUGUUGCUUCGCAUACUUUACGUACUUUAAAAAUGCGUAGCAAUGAAGCAUUCAAUAAGACAGUUGAUCACUUAGCUCUACUUCGUGGUGUGCAAGAAAAGUGUAUUGUACACGAUUUACCGUUAUUUCCUGAAUGUCUUUCGAAGAUCGAGUGGUUACGAACCCGUUGGAAGGAACAUAAGUGUUAUGGUGAAUUGGGUGUGGACGGGACAGAAUGUUCAUUUGUACGAUAUCUCAGUGAGAUUGAGAGUUUCUGUCCAUACUUAGACAGCAGGAAACUAUUCAAACGUCGCAAUGAAGCUAAAAUAACUCAAGAUCUUCAAGGAUUGCUUGCUUUGUUGCCGUCAGACGAAAGUCAUUCAGAGUCUGUGAUGUUUAUUCAGUCAAGAAUAAAACGUAUGUGGUCUGAUUGGCUAACAGGAAUUCAAUAUUAUCUAAAUGGUAUCGAAUCACAGUCACUUUCCAUAGAUCAAUGCCGUGAACGUUGUUUAUCUGGUAAUAUAUCUUGUAUCAGUUUGUGUCAGUCAAGGAGUUUCACAGGUCAACCAAUUUUAUAUGGAAGGUCAAAAUUGAAUGUUCUAAUUUACAUGGGAUUUUUAUCAAAGGGAAAGGAUUCUUUUGAAUCGCAUAUUACUUCAGGUGGUCCUCUUGGUGAACUUGUUCAGUGGACUGAUCUAAUCACUGGCCUUUACAUUCUAGGACACAAUAUAACAAUCACUUUUGAAGUUGAAAAAGCGAAACGACAUCUCCUGUAUCCAUAUACUGAUACAAUACCUUGUCAGGUGUAUAGCAAUAAAUACGAUCUGGUUUAUACAGAUAUUUCAGGGUUUAAAAAAUUAGCAUCAAAGGAGAUUCGUAUACCGUUAUGUAAAUUUCGUAUACUGGAUACUUUUGGAACAGAAGCAUUGCACAAUCGUCAAUCAGAAACGUGGGGUGGAUUACAUUUAAACUUACAACAAUUUUACACGUUUUUUCCUCAUACACCAGAUAAUUCUUUCAUGGGCUUCAUUUCGGAAAUAUUUCCGCUUAAAGUGAAAUCCAAAUCCCCGGCAUCUAAGCCUGUUGCACUAAUCUACGGAAAAGAAAACUAUAUGUGGAGUGAUAAAACUAAUUAUUUACAAAUCUUAUCCGAUUACUUUGAACUACAUGGUAAUGUUUUGGAUAGUGUUGAAAAUUUACCGAAAUUUGUAAAGUAUCAUAAAUUAGCCUACGGUGAACCGUAUCUCGAAUUAUUGUCAAAAGCUCAUUUAAUGAUUGGACUAGGUUUUCCUUAUGAAGGUCCUGCUCCUCUGGAGGCUAUUUCAAAUGGCAUUAUUUUUCUUAAUCCCCGUUUCAAUCCACCGCAUAGUAGGGCUAACAAAAAGUUCUUCUCAGCUAAACCUACUUCACGUGCACUUACUAGUCAACAUCCGUAUAUAGAAAAAUACAUUGGUGAACCGUAUUCUUAUCUAGUCGAUAUGGACAAUGAGACACAAAUACGCUCCACUGUUCAACGUAUUCUUAGCAAUAUUAAUAUUGAAAGUUAUCGUCCUCACGAAUAUAGUCCAUGGGGAUUUCUUGAACGUCUCAACGCUUAUCUAACACAUCAAGAUUUCUGCUCAUCACCAUUCUACCACAAGCUGAUACAGUCUCCAUUGCCUGUUGUCCAAAUCAAUCAGACUUCCUUAUAUAAUUAUUUAGAUGUUCCUGGUGCUUCGGUUUCUUGGCCGCCUCCUUCAAGUCUAAAGAUUGUCAUUGGAUCUCCAGGGAAAUCUUGUGUAGAUGUAUGUGGAGAACUUCGAACUAAUAAGUCGUCAAUUUUUCCAUCCUAUAAUCAUUCUGCUAAUGCUGAUACACCGAAAAACCAACAAAUAUGGACUGAUUAUCUUUCCUAUCGUUCUGUCUUUAGUACUCCUUCUCCUCCUCGGAAAACUUCUUAUUUGGACAGACUUCACUGUACUCCAGAACAUUUCACCAGUGUUAAUAAUCGUCUUAAUCUACAGUAUUUCGGUAUUUCUUGUCAUAAUAUUACUUAUGCAGCUAGCCCAGUAGCACCAUAUUGGGAUUGGGUUACAAAUUCUUGUGUUUUCCAAGCUGACAAUGAAUGGUUUGAUUGUGUUAGCUCUACAAAUGUCAGAGGAACCAAAGAGUUUUCACGUUUCUGUCCUUGCCGUGAUGCACUGCCUAAUCAGAUCUCCAUGUGUACUGAUUGUUUAUAAGAGUAUAGAAUUUUUUUUUCCUUUUUUUUCUUACUUUGUCAGAUUCUAAAUUUAUACGCUUUUGUUUUCUUCUUAUGAUGACUACUUUAGUGAUCAGUUUGUUUUACUUUUUAACAGUCGUCUGGUUUUUUUUAAUAUUACCUACCUUUCUUUAUCGUUGGUUGUACAUAGAUUUCACUAUUUAUUUUAUAUUUCUGUAACUUUAUGGUACUUUUUUUCAGUUUUACCCCUGUAAACAGUUUAUCCUCUAAUUAGAACAGAUAAUAUUCUCUUUGUAGAUGCGCCAUACCUAGUCGUGCUUUAACAAAAUUUACAAGUAUUACUUUUCUCAUCACAAAAACUGUGGUG